AUGAACCAGCUUUCAGACUCGCUUCCUCGAGUCUCAUGGCAGUCAAUCGCACUUGCGACGUCGUUUGCUGCUCUCUUCUGGGGAGUUCGACGGACGAUUACCGCGUCGACAGAUUUCUGGUUUCGAGAUGCACAAUUCCGUUUGUAUGCGCCUGGUCCACCGCGCCGUUUUUUGUUGGGCAACCUUCUCGACUUUCCCAAGGAGAAAAUUGGAGAUACUUUUAGUGAAUGGGCGAGGAAGUACGGUGACCUGGUCUACGUCGACAUUGCAGGCAUGCCAAUGCUCAUCGUCAAUACGUACGAAUUGGCGCAAGAACUACUAUCCAAGCGCGCGAAUAUCAAUUCGGACCGCAAAGUUGGCUACAUGGCACUGCACUUGAUGGAAACCGAGUGGAAUCUGGCUUUUAUUCAGCCGGGGGCAAAGCAUCAGUUUAUGCGAAAGAUGCUUCGGAGAGGGAUUGGUCCACAGCGGAUUGCGAGUCAUGAUCAUUUAAUUCAGGACCGUGUAUCCGAGCUCAUGGUAUCGUUGUUAAAGCUAAAAGGAGCGCCUGGACCCACGCUCGCGAGUACGCUAGGUAGUAUUGUCAUUUCACUCACCUAUGGAGAAGAGAUGUGGAAUGACUUCGGCAAAGAGCUCGUAGACUGGGAUAAUGAGAUUAUGGGCAACAUUAGUGUUGCUUUCAGCAAAUUUUGGAUGGUCGACGUCUUCAACUUUUUGCGGUUUAUUCCAAGUUGGAUGCCAGGUGCCUACUUCAAGAAAAUGGGAAUACGAACGGCAUACCUGAAUAGACUCGUUCGCGCAAAACCGUAUGCACGAGUCCUCGAGCUCUACGAAUCCGGAAAACUGGGUCAUUGUCUAGCUGCUGAUCUGUUGGACGAGUUUGGGCCAUCCGAAGAAUUGCAAGACACGCUUGCGGCCCUCUAUCUAGCUGGUUCGGAAACGACUAUCAACCUUCUGGUCUCUUUUAUUCACGCCAUGUUUCUCCAUCCUCAUGUGGCGGACAAGGUAUAUGCGGAGAUAGAGCAAGUUACAGGUGGCGUACAACCACUUCAAAUCGGGGACAAGGAAAAGCUCCCCUACACCGAAGCCGUCUACAAAGAGGCAUUACGCUGGCGACCAGUCGCACCAGUUGGUCUUCCACAUGUGAGCAACAAAGAGGAUACAAUCAAUGGGUAUUAUAUCCCCCAAGGUACCAUGAUUAGCCAGAAUUUUGGGUUUAUGCUCAGUGACCCACGUGUAUGGAAAGACCCCGAAAACUUUCGUCCUGAAAGAUUCCUCGAGGAUCAUGAUCCUCCACUUCCCCAUCCGGCCUCCAUUUUGUUUGGGUUUGGCAUGAGGGUCUGCCCAGGUAUCUAUCUCGCUGAGAGAGUCGGGUUCCACAUCGCCGCAUCAAUCGUCUCGCUCUUCAAGAUUCUGCCAUUAGAAGAUCAAACCGUUCCUCGUCCAGAGGACGUUGAAUACAUCAAGAAUGCAUUUGUCCUCCCUCGAGAUUUCCAGUGCAGAUUUCAGCCACGAAAUCAUUCCUCGAAAGAAAUCUUAGGCCUUAUGGAGAUCAGUCAAUUGGCAAAGUCUGAGUAA